AUGUCUGAUGCUCCUCCAGCUACAUCUGCGGCUCCGGCCAAGAAGACUAAGGCAACCAAGCCCAAGGGUGAGAAGAAAGCCAAGACUGUUUCAUCCCAUCCCGUCUACUCCGCGAUGAUCAAGGCCGCCCUCAAGGACCUCAAGGACCGCAAAGGCUCCUCAAAACAGGCUAUUCUCAAGUUCAUGACCCAAAAGUACAAACUCGGAACCAACGAUAAGCAGAUCAAUGCCCAUCUCCGUAUGGCCCUCAAGAGAGGCGUUACCUCCGGUACCCUGACUCAGGCUAGCGGCAGUGGAGCAGCUGGACGAUUCCGUUUGGCUGAGAAAGCCUCUGCCCCAGCCAACGGCAAAGUCGCUAAGAAGCCCAAAGCCGCCGGAACACCCAAGAAGAAGGCCGCUGCCAAGCCCAAGAAGGCUGCCGGUGAUAAGCCAAAGAAGGCUAAGUCAGCCAAGAAGCCGAAAUCACCCAAGAAGGCCGCUGCUAAGCCCAAAAGCGCCAAAUCGCCAAAGAAGCCAGCAGCAAAGAAAGCCACCAAGAAGCCCGCAGCCAAGAAAGCCGCUGCCCCUCAGGCCUAA